UAGUUACUCGAUGAGUGUCGGUAGGAGCGAGCGUUUCACGCGUUCCAAAUAACUAGAUGCACUUUUUCACUUGCUCAUCUCUAAGUUUUUGAAAGAACGCGAUAAACGUUAUUUAUUUCUCUCGCAUUGAUAUAUUUUGUAUUUAUUUUUUUUAUUUUUUUUGUUUUUUUUUUAUGUAAGUGUAUAUUUAUGUACAUCUUGUUUGUUCACUAAACGCGAUUGGUUCUUUAUACUAUUAAUAUCAUUCCAAGGAAAGAGGAAAAAUCAGGUGAUCAUAUGCUGCAUUGCGUACUUUGAAAGGACAUUUAAAUUGGCGCGCGAAUUCGCCCGGCGAAUGUUUUUCGUUUACUUCGGUUGGUAGGACUGUUCGGAAAAUUCGGAAAGUGAACAGGUGUUUUUUGAAUGGAUUAGCGUGAGAGAGAGGCGAAGAGAGAGAAAGCAAAAGAGUAGACGAAAAGGAUGCGUAAAGUUUCGGUGAAUGGUGAACGAUCGGCGGCGAAUUGAAAGAAAUUUACAAAUGAUUGAGGCCCAAGAAUAUAUAAAUGAACACAAAUUCACAUUGGGUUUACCAAUGAAAAUGAGGUGAGUCCUAGGAAUGUAACCUCAGUUUUAUGUGAGCAGUGUAUUCCAAUAAGAAAAAGGUAAAUAAACAAAUGUGAUACUUUCAUAGGUUACAAUGUAAAACCCAUAUGAUGUUAAUAAGAGAGUAAAAAUAUAAGGUAAGAUCGUAGAAAUGAAGAGGAGGAUAUAACUAGCCAGAGAAGUAAAGUAUUGCAGAAAGAUAAUUUGGAAGGGAUAAAAUUAAAAUUGAAAUAUGCCACACCAAUUUGGAUUGCCCACGAUGGCUCAUGGGAUGCAGUCUCCUCCGUCGCCGACUUCAGUCAUGUCGGUCUAUCCUCGCUAUGGCUCAGCAGGCUUGUAUAGAUCCGAUCAACAAGAGCAGAGACUUACACGCGAAGCAAUGGAACGUUAUCUACGCGAUCGAAGUGACAUGGUGAUUGUAAUUCUGCAUGCUAAGGUAGCACAAAAAUCCUACGGUAAUGAAAAGCGAUUUUUCUGUCCUCCACCGUGUAUUUAUUUAUUUGGUGAUGGUUGGAGAAUGCGUCAAGAACAGAUGCUUCGUGAAGGUGAAAGUGAACAAUCCGCACAGCUUUGCGCUUUCAUUGGAAUUGGCAAUUCCGAACAAGAUAUGCAGCAACUUGAUCUCAAUAAUGGAAAACAAUAUUGUGCAGCGAAAACGUUAUAUAUUUCAGAUUCUGACAAAAGGAAACAUUUUAUGCUCUCUGUUAAAAUGUUUUAUGGAAGUGGACACGACAUUGGUGUAUUUCAUAGUAAAAGAAUAAAAGUCAUAUCUAAACCUUCAAAGAAAAAGCAAUCGUUAAAAAAUGCUGAUUUAUGUAUUGCAAGUGGUACAAGGGUAGCACUUUUUAACCGUUUAAGAUCACAAACUGUUAGCACCCGCUAUCUCCAUGUAGAAAAUGGUAAUUUCCAUGCAAGUUCUACACAGUGGGGUGCAUUUACGAUUCACUUGUUGGAUGAUAAUGAAAGCGAAUCAGAAGAAUUUCAAGUGCGUGACGGAUACGUCCAUUAUGGUAGCACUGUUAAGUUAGUAUGUUCAGUCACAGGAAUGGCAUUACCGCGUUUAGUAAUCCGCAAGGUCGACAAGCAAAUGGCCAGUCUCGAAGCAGAUGAUCCUGUAUCGCAGCUGCAUAAAUGCGCCUUCUAUAUGAAAGAUACCGAUCAUAUGUAUCUUUGUCUUUCUCAGGAACGUAUAAUACAAUUUCAAGCAACGCCAUGUCCUAAAGAAGCAAAUAAGGAAAUGAUAAAUGACGGUGCUUGUUGGACGAUAAUUAGUACAGAUAAAGCGGAAUAUCAAUUUUUUGAAGGUAUGGGACCAGUGAGAUCGCCCGUAACGCCGGUACCGCUUGUCCAUAGUCUUCACUUAAAUGGCGGCGGAGAUGUUGCCAUGCUUGAAUUAACUGGUGACAAUUUUACUCCUAAUCUUCAAGUAUGGUUUGGAGAUGUAGAGGCAGAGACAAUGUAUAGAUGUCAAGAAAGUAUGUUAUGUGUUGUACCUGAUAUAUCACUCUUUAGAGGAGAAUGGUUGUGGGUACGUCAGCCUACGCAAGUUCCAGUUUCUUUAGUACGAAACGAUGGAAUCAUUUAUGCAACUGGUCUAACAUUUACUUAUACUCCGGAACCUGGUCCACGUCCGCAUUGCCCACCAGCAGAUGAAAUAAUGAGGGCCCCACGUGCCAUGCACAAUCAAGCUAGUAUGUCAUCAGCGAUAGCUGAUGUACCAUGGAAUACACAUCAACCUCCACAAUCAGGUCUCUGAUGUUCUCUAGAUAAUUAUAAUAUUAACCAAAGUCUAAAAUAUAGUGAUACAAAUGAUGAUAUUAUUUCAUUUGCAUCCAUUGACAAUAUCAUUGCAACCAUUGACAAUAGCAUUUAUGUCAAGAAAAUGUUAGCCAUGGAAGUCAAUCAAAUAUCUGCACGAUAUUUAGACAGUAUAAAAAUAACGUAACACUUUGUAAACACCUUGUAAAAGGUGUUCAAAAUAUAUGUACAAUGACGUGCAUUAUUUACAUACUACUAAUAUAUGGACAUACAAUAUGUUGAUACAAAUUUACAGAGAUAAUAAUUUAUAGCAAUCUUAGACUCUUAGCGUAAGAGUUGACAUGAUAAAAAUGUGAAUAAUUAAAUGUGAAUUAUGCAAUAAAAAGACACGUUAACGGGUUUUAAGAGAAAGACAUAUGAUUCAAAGCUCAUAGGAUAAUAUAUAUAUAUAUUACUCAAAUAUAACAACAGCAUAACAGGAUAACAGCAUAACAGCAUAAUUGUAUAUUAAUAUGUAUAUGCAAUGUAACUAGUAUAAUUGCAUAUCAAUAGGGAAGGAAUGGUUGUGCAUUUAACAGUGAAUUCAUUCACUUUUACUAAAUCUUUAAUAACUAUUGUUAUAUUAAAAGAAUAUAGUUAUACAUAAAUAUUUUAGGUGCAAUGUGUCUGGAAAUGAGCAUAAAUCAAUAUUUUGCACAUUUAUAGAUUCAUAUAAGACCGAGAUCACACACACGCACACACAC